CCAGAGCAGGCAGCACCGACCUGCCACAGCGCCGUGCGCAGCCGGAGCAAUGACCUUAACGAAGGAGAGCUUCCACAGGGCUCCUCCACCCGCUUCUGAAGUGGCCAAGGCCGACAUGGACAGCACCAGAGAGAAGGAAGAGGCUCCGGGGCAGUCAGUGCUGAGGACUGGAGCAGUGGUGCCCAGGAAGCGAGCGGUGGGAAGGCUAGUCAUGCACAGUAUGGCGAUGUUCGGCCGGGAGUUCUGCUAUGCCGUGGAGGCCGCCUUUGUCACGCCGGUGCUGCUCAGUGUAGGGCUGCCCAAGAACCUCUACAGCCUGGUGUGGCUCAUCAGCCCUAUCCUGGGCUUCGUGCUGCAGCCCGUGGUAGGUUCAGCCAGUGAUCACUGCACCUGUAGCUGGGGCAGGAGGCGACCUUACAUUCUGGGUCUAGGCAUCAUAAUGCUGUUAGGCAUGGCUUUGUACCUCAAUGGGGACGUGAUGAUCUCAGCUUUCAUCGAGGAGAAUGAAAAGCAGCGGACAUGGGCAAUAGUCGUUACCAUGCUGGGAGUAGUGCUUUUUGAUUUUGCAGCUGAUUUUAUUGAUGGCCCCAUCAAAGCGUAUUUAUUUGAUGUCUGCUCUCAUCAGGAUAAAGAGAAGGGUCUGCAUUACCACGCCCUCUUUACAGGUUUGGGAGGAGCCCUGGGUUACCUGACAGGUGCUAUGGAUUGGGGUCAGACUGUACUAGGAUAUUCCUUGGCAUCAGAAUUCCAGGUGAUUUUCUUCUUCGCAGCCUUGGUUUUCAUAAUCUGCCUUACUGUGCAUCUGUGCAGUAUUCCUGAAGUCCCACUCAGAUGCAAAAAUGAAGAGGCAAAGUUCUUGUUGGAAGCGACUGAACCCCAUACGUAUAGCUCCAUAGAGGAGGAAAUCAAGAAUGGAUACUUAAAAUCAACAUGCACUGAAAUAAAGGCUGCAGCUAAACCAGGGAAAUGCGCAGUUGCAUCACAGGAUCAAAGGCAGAUGACCCUUAAAUCACUCUUGAAGACACUUUUAAACAUGCCAUCCCACUAUCGCUGUCUGUGUGUGAGCCACCUCUUUGGAUGGAUGGCUUUCCUGUCCAACAUGCUCUUCUUCACGGAUUUCAUGGGACAGGUUGUAUACCAGGGUAAUCCUUAUGCACCUCACAACUCCACACUUUACCUUACCUACAAAACAGGAGUAGAGAUGGGAUGCUGGGGGCUGUGCAUCAAUGCAAUUUCUUCAUCAGUCUAUUCUUACGUACAGAAAGUUCUUCUGCCAUACAUAGGAUUAAAAGGGCUUUAUUUCAUCGGAUACCUGCUUUUUGGAUUGGGUACUGGAUUAAUUGGCUUGUUUCCCAAUGUCUAUUCCACUCUGGCUCUGUGUUCACUCUUUGGAGUCAUGUCCAGCACACUGUACACAGUGCCAUUCCACCUCAUUGCAGAGUACCACAGGGAAGAAGAGAGCCUGAAGCUGCAGGAUGGGGAACAAGCAGGAGAGCACGGACGAGGGAAGGGCAUUGACUGUGCUGCUCUCACCUGCAUGGUCCAGCUGGCUCAGAUCAUCCUUGGUGUGGGCCUGGGGCUCUUGGUUAGUGUUGCUGGCAGCGCCGUCACUGUGAUUUCGGCAUCCACGGUGGCUCUGGUUGGCUGCUGCUUCGUUGCUUUCUGUGUUCGCUAUGUGGAAUAGGACUGUGAGAAGCGACUGGAAGAAAUCUCCCCAGGGGAGUGUUUUUUUUCUGGGUCCAUGGCACUGGUGCUGUUGCUGUGCUGACACUGCUGGCACAUCCUCCUCUCUUACCUCCUUGGAUCGGUUGCAAUUCCAGAGCUUUAUGAAACAGAGACUUGAUAAAACUGGUUGCCUAAUGCCUCAGAUGUGUACACACACCCAGUGUAUUCACAUGCUGUGGCAUGUGACAGCGUGUCUGCCCACGGUAUUUCAAUGCCCUACAUGAGGAGUCAUUACAAAACUACUCAAUACCAAUCUGUGGAAGUUAAUAGAUGAAGUAUGUGAUAAGCUGAAGCAAUGUAAAAGGACAGAGCUGGGAAGAAAGUUAUUAUUUAUCUUGUUUUUCAGGUAUUUUAAGUUUGGGGCUGUUCCCUCUGGUAGUCCAGAGGGAUACCUGCAAGAGGAUCAAGCAGGUAUCAAAGGCCAAGCAGCGUGCAGUUGUGUUAUGAUUAGCAGUACUGCUAAAGGGGAUCAAUUAAUUAUCAACCAUGGUUAAAAGCAGGUUUGGGUGUGAAAAAUGUUUGGCAUAUCAAAAAGAUUGAAGGUAAUUGUUUAAAAACAUGAUUGUAAAGUAAUUAUCUCAUACUGAGUCCUGCUGCUUCAGUAUAAAUGAAGUGAAAGUACUAGCUAGGCUUGUCAGGAAAGUCUGCCUAAGUCUGCUCUGCAAAUCCACAUGUAGGCACCUAAAAAAUGUGUCUGUGGGGAACAGCGGCCAUUUCUUCCUUUUUUAAGGCCUCUCAAUUUUGAUACUGUAAUUUAAAAAAU